AGCGAACCACAUGGUUUCUGGGGGCCUUUGUUUCUCGCUGCAGCGGGAGCUCCAGGUUUAUCCUCUGUGUUCUGUGUCCUGUGCUUAUAGAGGCCCGUCCUCUGUGGCCGUGUGACCUGCAAGUAUUGGGAGAGCCACAGCUAAACCCCGGGACCCCUGGAAGCCUAGAAAUGGGACCAUUGCAAUUUAGAGACGUGGCCAUAGAAUUCUCUCUGGAGGAGUGGCAUUGCCUGGACACUGCACAGCGGAAUUUAUAUAGGGAUGUGAUGUUAGAGAACUACAGAAACUUGGUCUUCCUUGGUAUUGUUGUCUCUAAGCCAGACCUGGUUACCUGUCUGGAGCAAGGAAAAAAACCUUUAACUAUGGAGAGACAUGAGAUGAUUGCCAAACCCCCAGUUAUGAGUUCUCAUUUUGCCCAAGACCUUUGGCCAGAGAACAUACAAAAUUCUUUCCAAAUAGGGAUGCUGAGAAGAUAUGAAAAAUGCAGACAUGACAAUUUACAGUUAAAAAAAGGCUGUAAAAGCAUGGGUGAGCAUAAGGUGCACAAAGGAGGUUAUAAUGGACUUAACCAAUGUUUGACAACUACCCAGAAAGAAAUAUUUCAAUGUGAUAAAUAUGGAAAAGUCUUUCAUAAGUUUUCAAAUUCAAACACAUAUAAGACAAGACAUACUGGAAUAAAUCUUUUCAAAUGUAUAGAAUGUGGCAAAGCUUUUAAACGGUCCUCAACCCUUACUACCCAUAAGAAAAUUCAUACUGGAGAGAAACCUUACAGAUGUGAAGAAUGUGGCAAAGCUUUUAACCAAUCUGCAAACCUUACUACACAUAAGAGAAUUCAUACCGGAGAGAAACCCUACAGAUGUGAAGAAUGUGGCAAAGCCUUUAAGCAGUCCUCAAACCUUACUACACAUAAGAAAAUUCAUACUGGAGAGAAACCCUACAAAUGUGAAGAAUGUGGCAAAGCCUUCAACCGAUCCACAGACCUUACUACACAUAAGAUAGUUCAUACUGGAGAGAAACCCUACAAAUGUGAAGAAUGUGGCAAAGCCUUUAAGCACCCCUCACACGUUACCACACAUAAGAAAAUUCAUACUAGAGGGAAACCCUACAAAUGUGAAGAAUGUGGCAAAUCCUUUAAGCACUGCUCUAACCUUACUAUACAUAAGAGAAUUCAUACAGGAGAGAAACCCUACAAAUGUGAAGAAUGUGGCAAAGCUUUUCACCUAUCCUCACACCUUACUACACAUAAGAUACUUCAUACUGGAGAGAAACCCUACAGAUGUAGAGAAUGUGGCAAAGCUUUUAACCAUUCCACAACCCUUUUUUCACAUGAGAAAAUUCAUACUGGAGAGAAACCCUACAAAUGUGAUGAAUGUGGCAAAACCUUUACCUGGCCCUCAAUCCUCUCCAAACAUAAAAGAACUCAUACUGGAGAGAAACCCUACAAAUGUGAAGAAUGUGGCAAAUCCUUUACUGCAUCCUCAACUCUAACUACACAUAAGAGAAUUCAUACUGGAGAGAAACCUUACAAAUGUGAAGAAUAAUGUGGCAAAGCUUUUAACCAGUUCUCAACCCUUAUAACACAUAAGAAAAUUCAUACUGGAGAGAAACCCUACAUUUGUGAAGAAUGUGGCAAAGCCUUUAAGUACUCCUCUGCCCUUAAUACACAUAAGAGAAUUCAUACUGGAGAGAAACCAUACAAGUGUGAUAAAUGUGACAAAGCCUUUAUUGCAUCCUCAACCCUUAGUAAACAUGAGAUCAUUCAUACUGGAAAGAAACCCUACAAAUGUGAAGAAUGUGGCAAAGCUUUUAACCAAUCCUCGACACUUACUAAACAUAAGAAAAUUCAUACUGGAGAGAAACCCUACAAAUGUGAAGAAUGUGGCAAAGCUUUUAACCAAUCCUCAACACUUACUAAACAUAAGAAAAUUCAUACUGGAGAGAAGCCCUACGUUUGUGAAGAAUGUGGCAAAGCCUUUAAGUACUCCCGUAUCCUUACUACACAUAAGAGAAUUCAUACUGGAGAGAAACCAUACAAGUGUAAUAAAUGUGGCAAAGCCUUUAUUGCAUCCUCAACCCUUAGUAGACAUGAGUUCAUUCAUAUGGGAAAGAAACAUUACAAAUGUGAAGAAUGUGGCAAAGCCUUCAUUUGGUCCUCAGUCCUAACUAGACAUAAGAGAGUUCAUAGUGGAGAGAAGCCCUACAAAUGUGAAGAAUGUGGCAAAGCCUUUAAGUACUCCUCUACCCUUAGUUCACAUAAGAGAAGUCAUACUGGAGAGAAACCCUACAAAUGUGAAGAAUGUGGCAAAGCCUUUGUUGCAUCCUCAACCCUUAGUAAACAUGAGAUCAUUCAUACUGGAAAGAAACCCUACAAAUGUGAAGAAUGUGGCAAAGCUUUUAACCAGUCCUCAUCCCUUACUAAACAUAAGAAAAUUCAUACUGGAGAGAAACCCUACAAAUGUGAAGAAUGUGGCAAAGCUUUUAACCAGUCCUCAUCCCUUACUAAACAUAAGAAAAUUCAUACUGGAGAGAAACCCUACAAAUGUGAAGAAUGUGGCAAAGCUUUUAACCAGUCCUCAACCCUUAUUAAACAUAAGAAAAUUCAUUCUAGAGAGAAGCCCUACAAAUGUGAAGAAUGUGGCAAAGCUUUUCACCUAUCCACACACCUUACUACACAUAAGAUACUUCAUCUGGAGAGAAACCUUAUAGAUGUAGAGAAUGUGGCAAAGCUUUUAACCAUUCUGCAACCCUUUCUUCACAUAAGAAAAUUCAUUCUGGAGAGAAACAAACCAUACAAGUGUGAUAAAUGUAGCUAAGCCUUUAUUUCACCCUCAAGCCUUAGUAGACAUGAGAUAAUUCAUACUGGGGAGAAACCCUAGAAAUGUGAAGAAUGUGGCAAAGCCUUCAAGUGGUCCUCACACCUUACUAUACACUGAGUUCUGAACUUACUCUGUAACCAUCCCAAACUCCUCCCAGGCACAGUCUGGCAGAGGUCCUGCCAUUUCGGAGACCUGGAGGAAGUGGCCCAUUUACAGCCAUGUAGGCAGGCCUGCAGACCUUGGCCUUUACUAUGGUACCUGAAGUGGUUCAAUGACUCACUUUCAGUUACCUGAGCCACAGCUUAAGGUCAGUUCUGCCUAUAUAGAAACCCACACAGUUAACCUGAGGAAAUGCUCUCUGGUACUCACUGAAAGCCAUACUCAUCCACAUCCUGAUACAAGGCCCACCAUAUGCAGACCUGACUGCCAAAACAUGCCCUAGUGUCUGCCCUACAGAGCAAAGUCCUGAAGGAUAUUUAGUCUGUCCAAAACUAAAAUGAAGAUUUCAACUCCCCAACCCCCUCUAACAAGCCAGUUAAAGGUGGACUAUAGUGCAGACCCAGCAACCUUGUGACCAAGCUACAACCCCUCAUCACUACAAAUUCAGAGGGCAUCUCAUCACCCUAAGGGCCCAACGAAAGAAGAUCUUUACCUUCUAAAAUCAGUUUAUGAAAACUUGAAAAGGUAUUUGCUCCAUCAAAUUCAGACACCAGUACAAAACUAUAUUGUGCCCAUUGUCUGGUUCUAUUUUAAUGUAGCACUGGAAGUGUGUGGCAGAAGAAUUAGUCAAAGAAAUAAAAAUAGCCAUUGAAAUUGAAGAAAAAUAAAAUGUUGCUGUUUGUAGAUCAUACGAUCUUAUAUUUGAAAAACCUUAAACAGUACAUUAAAACCCGUCUAAACUAAUAAAUACACUCAGUAAAUUAACAAAAUAUAAAAUCAACAUACAUGUAUAUGUAUGGUUUUAUACACUUAAACUAUCUAAUUAAACAGAGGAACACACUGGGCACUUUGGCUCACGCCUGUAAUCCCAGCACUUUGGGAGGCCGAGGCGGGUGAAUGAUCUGAGGUCAGGAGUUUGAGAUCAGCCUGGCCAACAUGUUGAAAUCCCAUCUCUACUAAAAAUACAAAAAUUAGCUGGGCAUGGUGGCUAGCACCUGCAGUCCAAGCUAGUUUGGAGGCUGAGGGAGGAGAAUUGCUUGAAUUUGGGAGGUGGAGGUUGUGGUGAGCAGAGAUCGUGCCAUUGCACUCCAGCCUGGGCAACAGUGCCAGACUCCAUCUGAAAAAGAAAAAAAAAGAAAAUCGUAUUUACUAUAGCAUUAAAUAAUAAAUGUCUGGCCAGGCCUGGUGGCUCAUGCCUGUAAUGUCAGCACUUUUGGAGGCCAAGGUGGGCGGAUCACGAGGUCAGGUGAUCGAGACCAUCUUGGCCAUGGCGAAACCCCAUCUCAACUAAAAUAUAAAAAAUUAGCUGGGCAUGGUGGUGCAUGUCUGUAGUUUCAGCUAAUUAGGACUGAGGCAGGAGAAUCGCUAGAACCCAGGGAGGUGGAGGUUUCAGUGAACUGAGAUCAUGCCACUGCACUCCAGCCUGGAGAAAGAGCAAGACACUUUCUCAAAAAAUAAAUACAUAAAUCUCUGAGAAAAUAACCAAAAAGGUAAGAAAUCUUUACAAUAAAAAUAUCAAUAAAAAAUUAGAGAAAAUCCAAAUAAAUAUAAAACAUUUUAUCUCUGGGUUGAAAGAGUAAAUAUCAUUAAAGUGCCAUAUUAUCCAAAGUUAUCUACAGAUUCAAUAAACUUCCUAUCAAAACUUGCAGUGGUAUUUCUUUCACAAUAAUGGAAAAUACUAUUUUAAAAUUUAUGUGAAACUAAAAAUUUGAAUAGCCAAAGCAAUCUUGAGGAAAAAAAAGCAGAAGGAUAUCAUACUUAUAAUGUCAAGCUGUAUUUCAAGACUGUAUUCUAAUAAAAACCGAAUGGAUUGUGCAAAAAAAUGAGCAAAAAUGCAACAGAAACUAACACAUAUUUCAGACAUGAUGAAAAAAACUUAAAAAAUAGUUUAUCAAAAUCAUGCAGAUAUUUGUGUGUCCCCAAAACAAUAGAAAAGCAGCCAGAUUGUGCAGUCUCUUAUAUACCAUGAAGAGGACUUUGGCUCUCACUGUGAACUUGAAGGAAGUUCACUGAAAGAAAAGUAGAAUCCUUAGAGAAUUUAAAAGCAUAAGACAGAAGAUGCCCCUUUGUGAGAGCAAAAUUUAAAAAUAGAAACAAAAGAAAACAGCUGCUCAGGAAAUAUUUCCUUUGGAAUACAACUUCCCAAAUUAGAUUUUAAGAACUGGUUUUCUCUUUGACUUUGAGACUUCUUACCUGUGUUUUCCGUUGUAUUGAUUUUCACUCAUACCUACCUGGGGGGUUGGCAAUCAUCUCAUGUCUCUUCAGAGCCAAAGGUUUUUCUCCUUGCUCCAGAUGAGUGAUCAGGUCUGGCUUAGAGACAACAGUACUGUUGUAUUAAGAAUAAAUAACAUGAAUCGUGCUCAUAUUCUCCAAUUACAAGCUAGUAAUGUGUUCAGUAGAGAGGAUGUGAUAAAAUAGUCUAGUAAAUUAAUUACAAAAUACUAAUUUAUAACAAAUUUCUAAAUAUUUAGAAAAUGCUUUCAAUUUGUAGGUUUCUUAAUUUUACUGUCUAAUACUACUGAAUCAAAAAUUGGUGGUGGCAAUUAGAUUUUCAGGUGGGGGCAAGAAUACUUUGUCACUAAAUUUUUGGAAUUACCACUAAUUUAGAGUGAAUUAUACAGCUCAAAUCAGGAAUGUGGAAAGUUUGGAUUAAGAUGAGACAUCUUGAAGAGACUUUUCUGCAUGAGCAAAUUUUGAAGAUUUUCUGAAAAAAGGGGAUCUGAAACUCUUCUAUGCGAAGAAUAGAUUACUAAAAAGUUCUACAUAAAAGAGAAAACCUUUAGGGUAUAUUAUGAAUUAUGUCUUAAAAGUUAUCGUCAACAAGGAAGACCAUAUUUCCAUAGUUCUCUAACAUCACAUUCGUAUACAACUUCCGCUGUACAGUAUCCAGGCAAUGCCACUCCUCCAGAGAUAAUACUGUGGCCACAUCUCUAAAUUGCAAUGGUCCCUGAAGAACACACAUUUUUACCAAGUGGCCAGGGGUGGAAUUUUUAAUUUGACUUAAGGUGAAAUGAGAGAGUAAAGAGAAGUGGUUCUGACUUAUAGCACUGACUAAAAUUAUCCAAUAAAAUAAUUUUCAACACAGAAAUAUUCUUCUCUAACUAUGAUAAAAAAGCACCAUAAGAUCCAGAACAACAGUUCAUAUAUUUUAUUUUUCUAGAUAAUAAAGUAUAAAAUUAAGGGCCUGAACACGAACAUGUACAUUUUUGAGUGCUAUAUUUACAUCAUACGGAAUGAGUUGUGAAUAUUUUUCAGAUGGAAAAGAAGGCAUUAGAAGGCAUUUCUCAAAUUUAUUAUGUACAAUAAGCUGAAGACCUUAUGCAGGUUUUUUUUUUUCCAAGAA